GAUGAAGCCCCCCAGCUGCCUCUGCACCUUACCGAAGCAAACAUUACAAUCAGACCUAGCAUGGGGUAUUCGCAUUACUGGAACAUAAUGGGAGCCGCCUUUUGGCAAGAUAUCUUGCCGAAGUUGGUCGAAGACAGCCGCAAGAUCAUCGACGCGUCUGGGGUACACGUGCAAUACGAGAGCGACGACGAAUCGCCGCCAAUUCUAGACGCGAUCCAGGGCAUUCAGUUCAACGGCCGUGGCGACGACGGCCAUGAAACCUUCGACAUUUGCGGUGGCGACUGCAAGACUGACCGGAAGCCAUACGACUUGGUUGUGUGCGCAAUCCUCUUAAGAGCCCACCAGCUUGCUCCUAGUGCGAUUAGUAUCAGGUCUGAUGGAAACUGGGGAGACUGGUGGGAAGCUCAUGACUUGGUUAGCAGGCUCUGGCCAGGCGCGACGGUGAGCUGUCCCUGGGAGGAGACAGAGCAAACUGAGGAGUCGGUGGGAAUAAAGGUGCAAUACGUUCGAUUUCCGUCGGCGCUACCAAUUCGUCGUGGAGUAGUCGGCAUAAUGGUGGUGUCAUGGCCGGCAGGGAAUUCGUAGUCCAAUAGGCAGGUGGCUGGG